ACUUUCCUUCUUAGUAUUGAGUAGUUGAUGAUUCAAUAUGGUGAUGUUUUAUUUUAAAUAAGAUGUGGGGUUGAGGAAGCCAUAAUACAGUGAAGUCAAUCGCAUUACUCUUGAGAGGCAGGAAACCUGAGUAGGUUGAGCCUCAUUUGAUAGUAAGCAGUAGUUUGACUGUCAGCAGUAAUGUAAAUAAGGGAGGUGUUGUCCAAAGCUGUUCUGGUGGGUCAGGGGAGUAGACAUAGCAGACUUGGCAGUAAGCCUGGCUUCUAAAACAAAAUCCAAGUCAUCGAAUUUGCCCAGGCAUGCCAUAUGAGGUUCAAGUAACAGUGGAAUUUAAGAGGAGUGAGUUUGUUCAGGGAGGCUUAGGAGAGUUACAAGCAAGGAGCAAGCUUUUUUAACAGCCAUAAUUUUAACUCAAACAUAGCGUGGAUCUGCAUAUAUUUCAGCAUUUCUCAAUGUUUAAAUAAUUAUAUUGCAUGACUUGCAUCUGUUUGCCUCAAUUUGGUAAACUUUAGGAGAGAGGAGCAAUUGGACCUGUGAGAUUUAAGUAGUAUGAUCUAUGAAUUGUCUGAAUUGGUAGCUGAAAUUUAAUCAUUGGGACGGUUAUAGUUAAUAUAUUGGUAUUGUGUGUAAGGAAACUACAUGUCUAUGAAAGCUUGAAAAUACCAGGUACACUGGAGAAGUAACUUGAAGGCUUCAUUUUCCUACAAAAUGUACAGUAUCGAUAUGUCUUAUGUUACAGAAACAGAUCUUGAGCCAGAUGAUUGUGCUGCAUCCAUUUACAUCUUUAAUGUAGAUCCACCUUCAUCUACUUUAAACUCACCACUUUGCUUACCACAUCAUGGAUUACCGUCUCACUCUUCUGUUUUGUCACCAUCGUUUCAGCUCCAAGGUCACAAAAACUAUGAAGGAACUUGUGAGAUUUCUGAAUCUAAAUACAGCCCGUUAGGUGGUCCCAAACCCUUUGAGUGCCCGAGUAUUCAGAUUACAUCCAUCUCUCCUAACUGUCAUCAAGAAAUAGAUGCGCAUGAAGAUGACCUACACAUAAAUGACCCAGAAAGGGAAUAUUUGGAAAGGCCUUCUAGAGAUCAUCUCUAUCUUCCUCUUGAGCCAUCCUACCGGGAGUCUUCCCUUAGUCCUAGUCCUGCCAGCAGUAUCUCUUCUAGGAGCUGGUUCUCAGAUGCGUCUUCUUGUGAAUCUCUUUCACAUAUUUAUGAUGAUGUGGAUUCAGAGUUGAAUGAAGCUGCUGCCCGAUUCACUCUUGGAUCCCCUCUGACUUCUCCUGGUGGCUCUCCAGGAGGCUGCCCUGGAGAAGAGUCCUGGCAUCAACAGUAUGGGCUUGGACACUCCUUGUCACCCAGGCAAUCUCCUUGCCACUCUCCUAGAUCUAGUGUCACUGAUGAGAAUUGGCUGAGCCCCAGGCCAGCCUCAGGACCCUCAUCAAGGCCUACUUCCCCUUGUGGGAAACGGCGGCACUCUAGUGCUGAGGUUUGUUAUGCUGGGUCCCUUUCACCUCAUCAUUCACCUGUUCCUUCUCCUGGUCACUCCCCCAGGGGAAGUGUAACAGAAGAUACCUGGCUCAAUGCUUCUGUCCAGGGUGGAUCAGGCCUUGGCCCGGCACUUUUUCCCUUUCAGUACUGUGUAGAGACUGAUAUCCCUCUGAAAACAAGGAAGACUUCUGAAGAUCAAGCUACUGUACUACCAGGAAAAUUAGAGCUCUGUUCAGAUGACCAAGGGAAUUUAUCACCAUCCCGGGAAACUUCAGUAGAUGAUGGCCUUGGAUCUCAGUAUCCUUUAAAGAAAGAUUCAUCUGGUGACCAAUUUCUUUCAGUUCCUUCACCCUUUACCUGGAGCAAACCAAAGCCUGGCCACACCCCUAUAUUUCGCACAUCUUCAUUACCUCCGCUAGACUGGCCUUUACCAACUCAUUUUGGACAGUGUGAACUGAAAAUAGAAGUGCAACCUAAAACUCAUCAUCGAGCCCAUUAUGAAACUGAAGGUAGCCGAGGAGCAGUAAAAGCAUCUACUGGGGGACAUCCUGUUGUGAAGCUCCUGGGCUAUAGUGAAAAGCCGAUAAAUCUACAGAUGUUUAUUGGAACAGCAGAUGAUCGAUAUUUACGACCUCAUGCAUUUUACCAGGUGCAUAGAAUCACUGGGAAGACAGUUGCUACUGCAAGCCAAGAGAUAAUAAUUGCCAGCACAAAGGUUCUGGAAAUUCCACUUCUUCCUGAAAACAAUAUGUCAGCCAGUAUUGACUGUGCAGGUAUUUUGAAACUCCGCAAUUCAGAUAUAGAACUUCGAAAAGGAGAAACUGAUAUUGGCAGAAAGAAUACUAGAGUACGACUUGUGUUUCGUGUACACAUCCCACAGCCCAAUGGAAAAGUUCUUUCUCUGCAGACAGCUUCUAUACCUGUUGAGUGCUCCCAGCGGUCUGCUCAAGAACUUCCUCAUAUUGAGAAGUACAGUAUCAACAGUUGUUCUGUAAAUGGAGGUCAUGAAAUGAUUGUGACUGGAUCUAAUUUUCUUCCAGAAUCCAAAAUCAUUUUUCUUGAAAAAGGACAAGAUGGACGACCUCAAUGGGAGGUAGAAGGGAAAAUAAUCAGGGAAAAAUGUCAAGGGGCUCACAUUGUCCUUGAAGUUCCUCCAUAUCAUAACCCAGCAGUUACAGCUGCAGUGCAGGUGCACUUUUAUCUUUGCAAUGGCAAGAGGAAAAAAAGCCAGUCUCAACGUUUUACUUACACACCAGUUUUGAUGAAGCAAGAACACAGAGAAGAGAUUGACUUGUCUUCAGUUUCAUCAUUGCCUGUGCCUCAUCCUGCCCAGACCCAGAGGCCUUCCUCAGAUAUAGGACACCCACAUGAGAGUGUACUGUCAGCACAGAGAAGCUUGGUUUGUCCCAUCCAGCAAACAUAUGCAUCCAUGGUAACUUCAUCCCAUCUGCCCCAGUUGCAGUGUAGGGAUGAGAGUGCUGGUAAAAAACAGCAUAUGAUACCUACUUCAGUCGUGCACCAGCCUUUUCAAGUCACACCAACACCUCCUGUGGGGUCUUCCUAUCAGCCUAUGCAAACUAAUGUUGUGUACAAUGGACCAACUUGUCUUCCUGUUAAUGCUGCCUCUAGUCAAGAAUUUGAUCCAGUUUUGUUUCAGCAGGAUGCAGCUCUUCCCAGUUUAAUAAAUUUUGACUGUCAACCAUCAUCAUCCUUAUCUUUUCAUUCUUCAAAUUCAGGCUCAACAGGACAUCUGUUAGCCCACACACCUCAUUCUGUGCAGACUCUGCCUCAUCUGCCGUCAAUGGGAUACCAUUGUUCAAACACAGGACGAAGAUCUCGUUCUUCUCCAGUGGCCGACCAGGUCACAGGUCAGCCUUCCCCUCAGUUACAACCCAUUACGUAUGGUCCUUCACAUUCAGGGUGUACAACAGCUUCCCCUGCAGCCUCUCAUCCCCUGGCUAGUUCACCACUUUCUGGGCCACCAUCUCCUCAGCUACAGCCUAUGCCAUACCAAUCUCCUAGCUCAGGAACUGCCUCAUCACCGUCUCUAGCCACCAGAAUGCAUUCUGGACAGCACUCAACUCAAGCACAAAGUACAGGCCAAGGAGGUCUUUCUGCGCCUUCAUCCUUAAUAUGUCACAGUUUGUGUGAUCCAGCAUCAUUUCCACCUGAUGAGGCAACUGUGAACGUUAAACCUGAACCUGAAGAGCAGGAACCUAACUUUUCAACAAUUGGUCUACAGGACAUCACUUUAGAUGAUGUGAACGAGAUAAUUGGGAGAGACAUGUCCCAGAUUUCUGUUUCCCAAGCAACAGGAGCGAGCAGGCAGGCUCCCCUCCCGGGUCCCGAUUCCCUGGAUUUAGCAAGAUCCGACGGGCUCUGACAGUGCUCACUGCAGCCUUGUGUCCACCACCAUGUACUUCUCAGCAUGUUUCUAUCCUUGGACCUUGGGUUUCCAACUCUGUGGCCUUCAGGACUGGCGCCAGGAGUUGGGAUCACUGUGUGUGGGGAAAGGAGCAUUCCUCCACCUCAGGCCUUGGGUAGAUUUUGUAAAAGAAUAGGAGCAGCAUAGGCUUUUUGAGCUUUGGGGAAAUGAGCUUUGCGUUUUAUAUUUAAAUGGGAUACGUUUAUAUGAUGGGUGCUUUGAGUGUGAAUGCAGCAGGCUCUCCUCCAUUUUAGAGGUGCUGCCUUUGCAGGUGACCUGGUUGCUUAGCUAGGAUUGGUGAUUUGUACUGCUUUGUGGUCAUCUGAAGGACCCUUUAGCUUUUAUGAUAUUUUUAAAAUAGGAACUUUUGAUAAAACCUUCCAGAGGCAAACAUAAAAGAAAAAAAAAUUCUCCUAAGCCCACACCUAUGCCUCAGAAACUCAGCAUGUGUCCUGAAGCCUUUCAUAGAUUUAUAGGAAAUAAAGCCAAAUGUAGCUCAUACUUCUUUGUAAAAGUAAACAGAUAAAAUAAGAAGAGAUCAUUCCAAUCAUUGAAGUGUUGGAAUAUAAAACGACAUUCCAGAGCAUAGCCUUUUUGUAACUUUCUAGGUAAUCUUCCUGCAAUCUCUCCAUACUGACUCUGUUGAAAUUGCUUUUUUCCCUCGGGGCCUUGGGUAAGAUAGCUACAAGUAAGGUGACUUUGAAAGGUGGGGUUUUUAGCUUGGUAGCUUUCAUUUCCUGCUGUCCUACAAACAAGUAGGCUGUGGAGUGCUCUCCCCUUUUUUGUCCUCUGGUCCCAGACCUUUUCCAAGUGGGAGCAUCUGCGUUUGGCUGCUCUGUAAUCUGGGAAGCCACAGUCUCAUGAUCACUUAGGCAAAUUUGCUGGUUCUGACUUGUCUCUAGAGGCCAGGCUGUGUCAGAAGCUAAGCAUAAAUGAGCUAUGCUUCAGGAGAGGAGCAGAGAAAACGCAGGACCCCAGAUGGGAAGCUUUUAAGAUUCACACUGGCAUGGAAAGCGUAUUCCUCAUUCUGUUUACAGCCUAAAAUGAUUCUGGCCUACCCUAUCCCCUUUGCAUGGCCUCAAAACCAGCCUUUUCCCAGAAAGGCUGUCAGGCAAAUCCAGAAAUGAGGUAGCAUCAUACACCUGACCCUCCACACCAAAGAUGCCCUGGUGCUGCUGCUGGUGAGGCUGGCGCCCAAGGCAGGAGCCAGCAAGAAACUUCAGCCUGCUGUCUACCAAAGGAGGUGCCCAAAUUGGGUGCUUUUUUUCAAAACCCGCUCUUACCCCUCCCCUUAAUGGGAUUGGUUACCUGUUCCAAGGCCUGGGCCUAUUUCAAAGCCCCUGAAGUUUGCAGUAUGUAUUCAAAUGAAAUGAUGUACUUUCAUUUAUUCAGGAAGCAAAUUUUUUGAGUGCCUACAUGUGAGACAGUGUGCUGGGCUGGUCAAAGGCUUGAUGCUGUUAUUCCAGGGGAUUGUGGGUCCUAGAUGCCAGCAUUCUCUAGUGAGGCCUGGGUGGAAGAAGCCAGCUCAUUGCCCAUCACCUCUAACCAACAGGAGCUGUUGACCCAGGAUGAGAAAGUAUGGUCUUUUUUUUCUUUAAACCAUGGUGUUUUAGAUUUCUCUUCUAAAACUAGUUAGAGAAAAACUAGUUAGAGAAAAAUAUCCUUCAGCAAAUCACUCUGGUCCCUCUUGGAGCUGGGUGUUUUCAUCUUUUCUUUGAAAGUGAAUUUUGUGUCACAGAGUGUAGAUAGUGAGAUUUGCUUCAGGGCCUGUGGUUGGAAGCCCACAGCUUCCCUUGGAGGAGUUGUGGGAGGCUGGCCCCUGAGAUAAAGUUCCAGAGAGCUGGCCAGACUUGCCUCCACCCUCUUGUCCCUGGUGUAGCUGCCUCACAUGAGGUUCUUGCAAGACAUCCCCUUGCAAGACCCUUUGGGGGUUGCUCUGCUGCCCUCAAAAAUAAAAACCUCUAUGAUCCAGAGUUGCUAUGCACCAGAUUUUGAUGCCUUUUAAAUACCUUGAUGCCUAUAGCACUAGAAAUGCUUUCUUAUUUAAAAUAAAAGUUAAAUUUUAAAAUAGAGCAUUGUAUACUAUGUAAGCAGUUUUGUAUCAGCUUUGUAAAAGUCAGUUAUGUUUUGGCUUUGUAGGUAGACUUAAAUUUUUACGCAACACAGGGGUGUUAAAGCACACAUCCAACAGCAACUAGAAGGAUGUGCAACUAUGAACAUACAACUAUCUACUGGGGCUUUGGGGAGAAAAAGGGGGAAAAAAAAAGGAGGAGGAUUGGCAAUAGAUGUUAGCUCAGGGCCGGUCUUCCUCAGCAAAAAGAGGAGGAUUGGCAUAGAUGUUAGCUCAGGGCUGAUCUUCCUCACACACACACACAAAAAGCACAUUCAUUGGACUAUGCAAAUUGAUUUCUAGUAGCAGCACUGAGCAACGGGGCAUGUGCUAGCACCCACCCCUUCCGCCUCCAACCUGUACUAGAUCUUGGGUUGAGGAAUGGGAUGAACAGCCUUUUGCUUACUGGAGAUGCACAGAGAAACAUGACUGAAAACAGCUUUAAAAGUCACAGAUGUCUUCAGGUUCAUAUGUGGUGCUGCUGCCUGGGGUGCAACCCACCCCCACCCAGGGGUAGCCACUAUCACCAGAGCUCUGCUGAGUCUGGCUGUGAAGCUCUGUUUUUGAUAUUCAUAACAGAUGUUCAUCUUUAAGGCUCAGAAGGGCUCAAGUUGAAACCUUGUAUUUUAUAAAAUGGAUGUUCAGUUAAGGAACUGGUUCUCAGUUAUGUUUACAGCACUUGGGAUUGUGUUUGCUUGUACAUUUUGUAUUUUAAAACCUUUUAGAGGAGGACAGUGCUCCUUACACGAAUACAAAGGGAAGAGCCAGCAAUUCAGGCUCCUCAGUUAACAGUGCUGAAAUAAUAAAUGGUGACAGGUCAACAGUC